AUGUGCACUGAGACCAACCCUGCCAGAUCAAAUUCAUCUGGCAAUCUGAAUGAGCAUGGCAUUGAUAGCAACCCCUCUCAGAUAAAUACUUCUGAUCUCGAUGUGGAGAAAAAUGAUAUUCAAGUACAUAAUUUCGAGCCACAAGCGGUCGAAGUCACUACCGAUCUUUCGCCAAAAAAUGAUUUGUAUCACACGGCAUCUACGGUAACACCCUCUCACAGGUCGGGUCUUAGAGACCCCGUGAGCCGCAUGACCACAGAUGCAGAUGGCAACACGUACCCUGAAGGUGGACGCGAGGCAUGGCUGGUUGUGCUUGGUGCCACCCUAGGUCUAGUUGGAUCGCUCGGGCUGACCAAUACAGUGGGCACUUUCCAGACGUAUGUCCAAGAGAACCAGUUGAAAGACUAUAGCUCUGGUGAUAUCGGCUGGAUCUUCGGCGUGUUUCCCUUCUUGACCUUUUUCUGUGGUGUACAAAUUGGCCCCAUAUUUGACGCCCGGGGACCGCGGCUUUUGAUCUUCGCUGGCUCAGUUAUCCAAAUGGCCAUGCUCAUUCUUCUUGGUUUCUGUACUCAGUACUGGCAUUUCAUGCUGGUAGUUGGCGUUCUUGGUGGAGUUGGAACCUCGCUCAUUUUCACCCCUGCUAUUUCAGUGGUUGGCCAUUACUUCUACGUACGCCGGGGUCUCGCAACGGGUCUGGCUUCCACUGGAGGCUCGAUCGGAGGCAUUAUGUUCCCACUUAUUCUGCAAGCCCUCUUUCCGAAAGUCGGAUGGGCAUGGGCUACUCGGGUUAUAGCGCUGAUUUGUCUGAUUGUGCUGAUAGGAGCAAAUCUCUUGAUCAAAUCGCGAUUGCCGCAAAAGAAGUUUUCCAAGGAGAAUGUCCUGCCAGAUUUCCGUAUCUUCAGAGAUUCUCGGUUUGCACUGACCACGUUGAGUGUCUUCUUCAUCGAGUGGGGUCUCUUUAUUCCGAUUGGUUACAUUUCCUCUUAUGCUUCUCAUGAAGGAUUCUCUAGUAAAUUCUCAUAUCAGAUCCUUGCUAUCCUGAACGUGGGAUCUGUUUUCGGGAGAGCACUUCCCGGCUUAUUUGCCGACUACUUAGGUCGUUUCAACGCUCUGAUUGCUACCGUGGCACUUUCUCUACUUUGCAGUGUGUGCUUUUGGCUUCCAGCUCAUAGCAGUCUGGCCUUACUCGUAAUAUAUGCUCUGUUCUUCGGAUUUGCCAGCGGUAGCGGUAUCAGCUUGACACCCGUCUGUGUCGGUCAACUCUGCAAGACUGAGCACUACGGCCGGUAUUACGCCACUGCUUACACGAUUGUCAGCUUUGGAACUCUCACGGGGAAUCCAAUUGCCGGUGAAAUCCUAACCCGUUGUGACGGUCAGUACUGGGGCCUUAUCACGUUUACCAUCGUCUGUUAUGCGGCCGGUCUAGCCUGUUGUACAGCUGUGAAGGUCAUUGAAUGCGGCUGGCGUCAUCCUUUCGCCAUUUACUAG